CUACCUGCAACACGGCUACCAGCGCUGUAUUCAUCGAUCAUGCAUUCGCGCUAUGCAAAAUCGCAUGCAUGAUAUCCGCAUGCAGAUAUGCUCAGAGAUUUCGCCAUAUUGGACGAUCCCAAGAACUUGCACAAAUGCAUCUGAACUUAUAACGAAAAGAAUCCAUUGCCAUCCUGAAUUUGUCGAAGAAAUCGGCAAAGAUGGAUUCACAAUAUUCGGUACAAGUUGAAAACAGGUUCUUCCUGGACAUGGACAUGGUCGGAGAUCCACUGGAAAUCCUUCCGACGGAAAAGAAAUCACAGAAGAAGGACAAGAAAAAGAAGAGCGAAGGGAAGAAGAAGGCCGAGGCAGAAAAGAAAGAACCCGAGCCACAACAGAAGCCUAAAGUCGAAGAAACGCGGCAGGAGCCUGUGGACUCCAGAAGGCAAGGCGGCCGAGGCGGCAACCGAGGCUCCAGCGCCCGCCAAGGCGGAGAAAACCGACGCCCGCCCCGCGAGAGAAGGGAUCAAGACUCCAGCGAGAACCAAGAGAACCAUGCCCCGGCCGAGGUCCGGGGUGAGAGGUCGGACCGGCCGGUGUACCGGGGAGCCGAUCAAGCCGACAGGCCGCCGAGGGGCGAGAGAGGCCGAGGCCGGGGGCGUGGCAGAGGGCGCGGCGGAUACUCUGGUGGGCGUGACUUCCGGGGCAAGAGGGAGUUUGAACGCCAUAGCGGCAACGACAAGAGCAGCUCCUUAAAGCCCCAAGACAAGCGUGAGGGGGCCGGCUCCCACAACUGGGGCACGCCCAAGGACGACAUGAGGGACCUGAACACAUCGAACGUUACCGACGAUGGAGAAACAACCCCUGAAUACAGCGGACAACCCAUGGACACGGACGCACAACCCAAGGAAACCACCGAAGGCGGAGAGACCAAGGACGGCGAGGCAGUGGAAGGAGAGGAAGAAGUCCCCAAGGAGGAGGAGGCAAAAGAGCUGACUCUGGAUGAGUACAAGGAGCAACUCUCCAAGGAACGCUCCAAGGCUCAGUUCAAUGUCCGCCGCCCUGGCGAGGGAGAAGACACCAGCCAGUGGGGACAGACCGUGGCUCUCAAGAAACAGGACCGAAGUGAGGACGAAAAGCCUGCCGCCGUGGUAGAGCAUCCACACAAGGAUCGCCAAGGCAAGGCCCAGGUUGUGGACAUCAACAUCAGCUUCAACGAAUCGGAGCGCCAGUCUGGAGAAGGAGGGCGGGGCAUGGGACGCGGAGGACGUGGCGGCCGCGGAGGCAGAGGUGGCCGCGGCGGUCGCGGUGGUCGUGACGGCGGUGGUCGUGAUGGCGGUGGUCGUGAUGGAGGUAGUCGUGAUGGUGGUCGUGAUGGCGGUCGGGAUGGCGGUCGUGAUGGCGGUGGUCGUGAUGGUGGUGGUCGUGAGGGCGCUGGUCAAGAGGGUGGUGGUCGUGAGGGCGGCGGUCGUGGUCGCGACUUCGGCCGCGAUCGCGACUUUGGCCGUGAUCGCGACUUUGAGCGCGACGACACCCGCACCGAUCGUCGCAGCGGGGAGAAUGAGCGUGGAUACACCCCGCGGGGCGGUGGCCGCGGCGGCGGCUUUGGAGGCCGUGGUGGAGGUCGCGGAGGUCGUGGUGGAGGUCGCGGCGGAGGUCGCGGUGGCGGCGGGGGACGAGGUGGCCGUGGUGGAAGCAGCAGUCAGGCUCCACUGAUGACCAGCGAGGAGGAAUUCCCCACUCUUGGUGGCGGCCCCAAGUAAGCCACGUCACAGCGUCACGUCACGUCACAGCGUCACGAUAGAAGCUGCUGGUAAAGCAAAUGAUGCUUACCAUUAUGGAGAAAAAAAAAAGGUACACUUCUGUUGUACUUUAUUAAGAAAAAAAAAAGCCGUUUUGGCCCGAACUGAAUGACACUCACAACUAGGGACUGUUGUAGCGGUUGGUAUAUUUUACAGCCGCCCUGCAUUUUGUUCCUAUAAAUUUUUCCCUAACGCCCAAUGGAAAUGAUAUUAUCAGGUGUUGUUUACAAACAGAAUUGUCAAACGGGGAAGAAAUAAUCAUCAACCAAAAGUCAAAAAUCUUAUUAGAAAGAUUGUCGCUUAAUUGAAAGUGAUAAUCCAAUAGGAUUUGUAAACUUAAGUAUUCUUCAUUUUAUAUAUUGUUUUUGCAUGUGGUUGAUAAUACAUCUUGGCAUUAAACAAAGCAGGUUAUUAGUGACGCAAAAUAAUGCCUGAAAACGAUUGUUUUGUUUUUUUACUUGAAAUAGCCGACAAAAGUACUCUAUAGUCAAUUUUGUGAUUCAUUUCUAGAGGAGGUCUGGAGAUUUUUUCUUCCACUGUUCAUUUUAUGUGAAUACUUUUAAAAGAAUUAAUAAUUUCUCGUAGCAAUGCAGUCCACGGGCCAUAGAUAAAUUUAUAUGCUGAAAAAAAUUAUGAUCUGAAAGAUUUUUUGAUAUUUUCUUAUGUUUGUUGAAGAUGAGUGAUCUCUGCCCUUCAUGUAGAAACUAGCGCCUUUUUUUUUUUGGUUUGUUUUGUAUAAUUUUAAUUGCGGCCCUAGGGUGCAUUGAUCGAGAACAAAUUGAAUCCCGAGCCUACUUGUAAAAUACGUAAAUCAAAGAAAUCUUUGAGACCCUUUUUGCAAAUUAUUGAAGAAGGAAUUUUUUGUUUUGGCUUUAGAAGGUAAAAUCGAGGUGUUGAUGUUCAUCUUUGAAAACCUUUUUGCCAACUUUUAGCCAAAUCAAAACCACGCUGCAGAGAAAGAUGUGAAUUAUUUCCUAGCAAAUUUGCCACAGAAGGAAAACAAUGAUUACGAUAGAUUUUUGAUAUUUGAAGGAGAUUUUUUUUGCAAAACGGAAUGCUUCAGAAGUGGUUGUUUUUUUUGUAUAAGAUUGUAAGCUUGUUUACAAAAUAGUUCCGAUUGGAAUGAAAUGAGGCUAGGGGAAUAUUGGAUCAGCGAGAAUGCAUAUCUGUGUGUCCACUCAAAAUUUCGGUGCAAUUUCUGGAACUGUUUUUGAAUCUGGUUGCCUGCAAGUUAACUGUAUUGUUGAAUUAUUUUGUCUGAAAUUGAUCCAUAUUUCACUCAUAUGGAAAGCAUGUAUACCACGUCUUAGAAAAUGCUGGGAAUUUGGCUGAAUAUUUGUGAACAGAGAAAUUGACUGGAGCGAGAUUUGAACUGUUAAUCAACGGAGAGCAACAAAACU